CAAGACAGCCAGGGGGUCACCAACUACCAACAGCAGCAGCAAUCGUCACCACUUCCUCAAUGCCAACUCCUCUUAUCUCCGCUAACGUGGCCGUGAUCGGCGCUGGCGCCUCGGGCCUUGUUGCUGCACGUGAGCUCCGCCGCGAGGGCCACAAAGUCGUAGUAUUUGAACGAGAAACGCAAAUUGGCGGCACCUGGGUCUACGAUCCCCGGGUCGAAACAGACCCGUUGAGUCUUGAUCCGAGCAGAAUGAUAAUUCACUCGAGCCUCUACAGCUCCCUCCGCACCAACCUCCCCAGAGAAGUAAUGGGUUUCAGGGACUACCCGUUUAUACCAAAAACCGAUAAAACGAGAGACCCGAGAAGGUACCCAGGUCACAGAGAGGUGUUACUCUACUUGCAAGAGUUUGCGAGGGAGUUUGAGAUUGAGGAUAUGGUGAGAUUUGAGACUGAGGUGGUUCAUGUGGGGUUAGUGGAGGACGGCAAGAAGUGGAAAGUGAAGUCUAAAAAGAAGAGUGCUAGUAAUGAUGUUGAGGUUGCUCCUGAUUUUCGCGUUGUUGAUGAGACUUAUGAUUCUGUUGUCAUUUGCAGCGGGCAUUUCACUGAAGCUCGUACUGCUGAAAUAUCAGGCAUCAGUUCUUGGCCGGGGAAGCAAAUGCAUAGCCACAAUUACCGUAUUCCAGGACCAUUCCUAGAUCAAGUGGUAAUUUUGAUUGGGAAUGCAACGAGUGCUAUUGACAUAUCUAGGGAAAUUGCUCACUUUGCCAAAGAGGUCCAUGUUGCCUCAAGAUCUGUUGCAGAUGAAACAUAUCAAGAGCAGCCUGGAUAUGACAAUAUGUGGCUUCAUUCUAUGAUAGAAAGUGUUCGUGAUGAUGGUUCUGUGGUCUUCCGAAACGGGAGAGUUGUCCUAGCUGACAUCAUUUUACAUUGCACCGGGUACAAGUAUAACUUCCCUUUCCUUGAAAGCAAUGGCAUUGUGACUGUGGAUGAUAAUCGUGUUGGUCCAUUAUACAAGCAUGUUUUCCCACCAGUUUUGGCACCAUUCAUUUCAUUUGUUGGGUUACCAUGGAAGGUUGUUCCUUUCCGAAUGUUUGAACUUCAAAGCAAGUGGAUUGCUAGUGUUUUAUCAGGAAGGGUUGCACUCCCAUCACAAGAGGAAAUGAUGGAAGAUAUUGAAGCCUUCUACCUGUCACUUGAAGCUUCAAACAUUCCAAAAAGAUACACUCAUAACUUGGCUGAUUCUCAGUUUGAGUAUAACAACUGGCUUGCUGCUCAAUGCGGGUGUGAAGGGUUUGAAGAGUGGAGAAAACAAAUGUAUUACGUGAGUUGCAACAGCAGGCUCCUCAGACCAGAUGCAUAUCGGGAUGACUGGGAUGAGGGCCACCUGAUCAUGGAAGCCAACAAUGACUUCGCUAAAUACACUUCAAAAUGAUUUUCUAAAUGCUGCUUUAAGUAGCCACACAUCUUAAUAAACCCAUGUGGAACACGAACUUAAAAGACUAAUACAAACAUAACAUUAGGCUUUCUUAUCAGUUGCAAUGUCCAGGCUUUGAAGAAUGAGAAACCAAAAGUACUAGCUUACUAUCAAGUUUAGUAAUGUGUGGGCCAAGACAUUCAGGGAUGAAUGGGACGAUGUUCACCUGAGAGUACAAGCCCAUGAGAAGGAGGACAUCAAGAGAGACACCUGAAAUGGAUAUUAAUUACAGAACUGAACAAGUGAAGGAGAUCAAACUAGUCGUCGCAUAAUAAGCUGAAAGGAGUCUGAAUUCUCAGUAUCAACUACUCUGUAUUAAACGAUUCCUUCACUGUAAACUGAGUAUAAAGAUAAUUAAAUAUUGUGGUUGGACA